CUGUGAGUUCAUGGCCUCUGAUGGAUCUCCUGUCAGAGAUGCUCGUGAGAAGCAGCAGAAAAAGAAGCAGAAGAAAGCAGAGAAGAUCAGGACGGACAGAUCUGAUGUGGAAUCCGACGCUCAGGUGGAGAUUGAAAGUCUGACUGCAUCUGGACACGCAGCGCUGCAGACCGGAGACCGUACCGCAGCCCUGCAGUGCUUCAAGAACGCAUUAAGAACUGCCACAAAGCUGAGAGAGCGGAGGCUGCAGAGGACGUGUGCGUUUAAUCUGGGCGCAGCGUAUGUGGAGGCUGGUAAACCUCAGAAGGGGCUGGACUUCCUGUCACAGUCUCAGCCGGGUGAGAGAGGCGAGCAGAUCGCAGACCUGCAGUUUAAUCUUGCGACGGCUCACGAGGCGCUGGGAGACCAAACGCAGGCCACUCGGCAUUACCUGCAGGCUGCGCAGCUGUACCGCUCGCAGGGAGAUGCCAGUGCAGAAGCAGACACCUGUGUCAAACUCGCUCAAUGCCACCUGCAGAGAAAGGAGUGGGCUGCGGCUGCAGAGAGUUUGCAGCAUGCUGCAGGGAGUUAUAAAGUGGUGGGAAAUACGACUGCAGCUGCGCAGGCCCUGAAGGACGCUGGCAAACACAUGCUGCAGAGUGGCAACUGCGCUAUUGAUGACAUCAUCAGCGUGCUGACCGACAGCCUGGAGAUGAGCGCCAACAUCACAGAUCACGAAACGCUGGGAAAGCUAUUGAAUAACGUGGGUUUGAGUUUCUCGCAGUUGCGUCUGUUUUCCGAGGCCUGUGAGUGUUUUGAACAGGCUUUGCCACUGGUCGCUUCUAAACCGCACAGACUGGCAGUGGUCCUGCAGAAUCUGGGUGCCAUUCACAACACUCUGGGUCAGUACGAGCAGGCGCUGAGAUACCACAGAGAGGCAGCAGCGUUACACGGCUCCCUGGGCAGUCGUGGUGCUCAGGGUCAGUGUUUCAGUAAUCUAGGUUUUGCUCACGUGGAGUUGGGUGAGCUGGACGAGGCGUGGGAGAGUUACCUGCAUGCCCAACAGGCCUUCAGAGACACAGAUAACCCGUCUGGUCUCUGGCAGGCCUGUGAGGGUCUCGGUAGGAUUAAGCUGCAGAUGAGGGACCCAGAGAAAGCUGUUGUCUACUAUAAAGAUGCCCUGCGACUGCUGUGCAAAUGCCAGGAAGUGUCUAGUUCAGUGCAGGAGCGUUUGGUCAGUAAACUGAGUGAAGCUUUACAGCAGAAGCUGCUACUUCAACAGAGAGGACCGCCAAUGCAACGACACAUCCUGGAGCGAAACCAUAAUAGACGACAGCCACGGUAACACAGCAUAACGGUCACCACAAAUGAUUGAUGCUUGUCCUUUUCUGUGAUUUAAGCUG